AUGUCGCCUACUACCCCACAAUUCAAACCUCGUGAUUACCGUGGUGCUACGAUCGAGGAUCUCGAUAUCCGUCCAGCCAUCUCCAUCAACCCCACUACUUCUAUUCUUGAAGCUGAGGAAAUAGCAUACGAAAAUGAGUUCACAUUUUUGCCAGUGAUCCAUGAGUCCAACAGACGUUUGUUGGGAGUUUUGAAUGUUGAGGAAGUAGCACAAACAUUAGAAAAGAACCCAAAAAGCACGUUAGAGCCCAUAACUAAAAACUUCAUGCUCUGGUUCAGUCAGAAAGGCAGAGAGAACUACGAAGAAGAACACAGGCAAACGGCAAAAGAGCCUUCGAAGACUCCGCUUAAUAGUACCAUUUACAAGCCCAAAAAUCCUAAGGGGAAGAAGUACCAUGUUUUGACACCAUUUUCACCUUUGGAGAAGCUUGCAGACUUCUUCAAUACGGGAAUGUACUUUGCUAUAAUAACCAACGACGACGGCGACUUUGUGUACGGUGUGGCCACUCCGGAGGAUUUGAUGAAGUACGAGAAGGCAAGACCCAAGUUGUAA